AUGGAGACCAUUCCUCGAAAUGUACAAUUGUACAUUGACCAUAUUGACAAGUUAAACUUCAUGACCCCUCUUCAGCUUGGAGAGCGGUAAAAUAUUGAAGACAAAAAAGCAAUGUCAAUAGUUUAUGUAAUAUUUAAAGCACUUGUAGUCGUGUUUCAUCACAUAUAAAACGCGAGGCGUAGCCGAGCGUUUUAUAUGUGAUAAAACACGACUACAAGUGCUUUAAAUGGCUUAAAAAAUGACUCAUCUUAUACGAGUUUAUUGGCGAAGUAAUUUUUAAAAUAAACUUUGUCUAAACCGAGAAAAUCAAAGCUAAAGUUUAUGUAAAUUAACAUGAUUUUUUAUCACAUAUAAAACCACGACACGCUUAUGAUUUUUCUUUGUGUUUUGCUCCUGAAUUAUUAAUGAGUUUUUUAAAUCUCAAUACAAUAUGUAAAUCAAUCGGGGUCACUAUCUUGAUCAUUUUCCGAUUUCUCAGGAGGCAAAUGGUGUCUCCAAAGAAAGUACAUGUGCAGACAACAUGAAACUUUAGACUGCAGAAAAUUGCACAAGCAGUUAUCAAAAUCAUCUCACAGAUCUGUUAAAGGACAUUCCUAGAAAUAUAUUUUGACCAUAUUGACAAAUUAAACUUCAUGACCCCUUGUCAGCUUGGGGCGUGGGGCGGGGGGGGGUACAAAGCGCACGCAAGGCGCAUUGAACCACCUCAAACUCUCAUCCUCAUUUGAUCAGGUCCAGAAUAUGGAUUUUAGUCCGUAUUGGUCCAGUGUUACGACAGGUGAAGUUAGGCAAAAGUGAAUAAUCUAAAUCUCUAAGAUUAUAAAUAAGCAAAUGCACUAAUCGGUAUUGUGUGUGUUAAUUAGUAAACUUCUUGGUAACAUUCAAUUUUCAGAACGUGAAGAAAGUGCUAUAUCCACUAUCAUAGUACGUGGAUCAACAGACAGCAUCAUGGACGAUAUAGAGAGAGCUAUAGAUGAUGGUGUAAAUACUUAUAAACAACUGACUAAAGAUGGACGAUGUCUGCCUGGUGCUGGGGCUACUGAAAUUGAACUUGCUAUGCAGUUGGCUACUUAUGCUGAGGUAGGGCUUUCAUAUAUCAUUGUUUUGCCUGUCAGUACACUACUAUGAAUGUUGAAACUUUGCGAAUUAUUGUUCAUUAAAACAGGGGCGGAUCCUAGCCUCAUCUGCAAGGAGGGGUGCAGGUUUUCCAUGGGGUGGUGCAUGAGGGAGCCUUAUUGCCCACUCUCCUCUGCAGUCUACAACGCUACUAUCCCAACAUUACCAUUAUUCGAGAUGGCCGAAUCUGCAUGUUCGCCGUCUUGUUACGUUUUACAAUGCAUCUUUUAUUUAUAAAGUUUGGCUUUUUAUCACGUAUGCGAAACUGGCAGUUCUGUAGCACUGCAUAGUACAGUAAAUUUGCUUGUUCAAGUACAGUAUAUAUUUGAAAAUAUGGCUAUACACCAACCUCAACAUGUUUACAUAUUUAACCAUGAUAUUUAACCAAACCAUUCUGAGUAUUUUCGCGUGAGCCGCUCACAAAUUAAAUAAAUCGUUUCAAGAAAUCGACACGCGCUACAUUAGAAGUUCCGCAAGUCAUUAAUAUUCGACUGAAAAGCAGAAAAUGUAUGGUCAAGCACUUUUUUGGUGGGUGGUGCUGAACUUCUAUAGGGGGAUGCUAGACACCACUAGGUAGGGCACACCCCCCCAGACAAAGCUAGACAACAGUACAGUACACUGUUGUACUAGGCGGAUUAGUGUUGUAGUUAGGUGGCAGUUUCAUUGAAUCGAUAUGUCACUUAGUCUUGAAAAUUCUUUUCACAGACGUUUUCAGGUUUAGAGCAGUAUGCUAUCAAGAAGUUCGCUGAGGCCUUGGAAGUAUUUCCUAAAGUUCUCGCAGAAACCUCGGGAGUUAAAGGCAAUGAAGUCAUCUCGCAACUUUACGCUUCACAUAAUGACGGCAAGAAGAACUCUGGCUUUGAUAUAGAGGUAUUUAUUUAAGUUUUACUUAAGGAUUGAGUCUAAAAUCUGAGAAUCCUAACUUGGUGUUUAAUUAUACUGGAUAGUUCUAUCAGUUCUAAACUGUUCUCCCUAGAGGUCCAGUAAGUAUCAUCCUUUGCUGGUCCAGUGUUACUACAAGAGGAGAGCUAAACUAACUUUAUUUUUACUGGAUAGCUUUAUCAAAGCUAAACUGUUUUCCUUAGUGGUCCAGUAAGGAUCAUCUUUUAUUGAUCUAGUGUUACUACAGGAGGAAACCUAAUCUAACUUUAUCUAUACUGGACAGCUCUUUUAGUUCUAAACUCUUCUCCUAGAGGUUCAGUAAGACCUAUCCUUUAUUGAUCCAGUUUUACUACAGAAAGAAACCUAAAUUAAAUUUAUUUAUACUGGAUAGCUCUUUCAGUUCAAAACUGUUCUCCAUAGGCAUAGAGAUCCAGUAAAGUUCAUGAUGUGUUGAUCCAGUAUUACUACAGGAGGAAACCUAAACUAAACCAACUUUAUUUCUACUGGAUAGUUUUAUCAGUUGUAAACUGUUCUUCCUAGAAGUUCAAUAGGAGGCAUCUCCUAUUGAUCCAGUGUUACUACAAAAGGAAACCUAAACUAAACUAACUUUAUUAAUACUGGGUAGCUCUAUCAGUUCUAAACUGUUCUUCCUAGAGGUCCAGUAAGGAUCAUCUCUUAUUGAUCCAGUGUUACUACUGGAGGAAACCUAAACUAAACUAACUUUAUUAAUACUGGGUAGCUCUAUCAGUUCUAAACUGUUCUUCCUAUAUGGAGUUCCAAUAAGUGACAUCUUCUGUUGGUCCAGUGACUUACAGUACCCUUAAGUUUUGAAAUUAUAGUCAGACAACAACAUAUGGCAGGAAUCGACUCUCGAUCACAGAGGCGAACUAAAAUCUUUGUGAUAUAUUUCAGGCUGGCAAUGCUAGUCUUAAAGAUGUUGCCGAAGCUGGGAUAUAUGAUCCACUUGCUGUAAAGCAAAAUGCCAUCAAGAUGGCAUCUAAUGCUGCUGUCACCAUACUCAGAGUUGAUCAGGUAGGAUGAUUAAACAAUCCUAUACAGCACGUGGGUUGCUAGUGGUAGUAGUGAUUGACCGAUUAAUAUUAGCGCCACAAUCUAAAAAACCCCGAUUACAUCGAUUUUCAGGACUAGUUUGACCCAAAUCCAGUUUGUUAUGAGAUCAGUUUGAAGCCAUGAACUGAUCCCAAAUAGACUGGAUAGACCCAAUUGAAAAUGAAACUGGUCUCAUAAUAGACUGGAUAUAGACUGAAUUGAAAAUGAAACUGAUCUCAUAACAGACUGAUAGACCCAAUUGAAAAUGAAACAAUCUCAUAACAGAAUGGAUAGACCGAACCGAAAAUGAAACUGAUCUCAUAACAGACUGGAUAGACCGAAUUGAAAAUGAAACUGAUCUUGUAAUAGACCGGAUGGACCCAAUUGAAAAUGAAACGAUCUCAUAACAGAAUGAUAGACCGAACCGAAAAUGAAACUGAUCUCAUAACAGACUGGAUAGACCGAAUUGAAAAUGAAAUUGAUCUCAUAACAGACUCGAUAUAACAGACCCAAUUAAAAAUGAAACUGAACUCAUAUAGACUGGAUAGACCCAAUCAAAACUGAUUCGACCGGGCAAGUUUACAUGAAUGUAAAUUUCAGAUCUAACAUGCAUUGCCUUCUCUUUUUAGAUCAUAAUGGCCAAGCCUGCUGGCGGUCCUAAACCCAGGGCUGGUGGAAAUCGCGAUGACGAUUAGCAAUGCCCUCAAAAAACAUUCUGAUGCUCUUAUCCUUUUGCUAUAAUACAUAAUAUAUUAAAGUCUAUUUGAUCUAGGAAAUUACACAUUUUCAUUAUGCUUGCAAAAACUCGACAGAAAGUAAGAUAUGUCAAUAAAAGGAUUGGAAUAUAUUUUUACGUAUUAAUAUUGUAUUAAUUUUGUAGUUUACACAGUUAGCAACCUUUUUAAAUGAAUCUGGCGGUUGAGCGACACAAAAUAAUAGUUACAUAUUACCAAUUUAAAUACAAUUAUCAUUGAUACUGUAAAAUUGUCGCCAUAUUUAUAUAGCAGUAUAUAAGCAAAACUUAC